AAUGGCUAAAUAGGGACACCCGGAAGACAACACAAAUCCAUGUCUGCUUGACAAGUUGUGUUUGGUCCAGAUCUGGUGUUCUGUGACAUUUAGAAAAUAAUGAAUUCUUUAGAGUAAUAAGGCCAUCAAGUCUAGCGACAUUGCUUGCUAUAAACUCUGGACUUUUGAAUAGCUGUGUGUAUAGGCCAGUGAACGAGUUGUCAUUAUCCGGAAAAAAGAUAGAUCUAGGCCACUCAGUUAAAGUUAUAUUAUAAGACAGGCUUCUGACACACUUUUAAAACUUUAAGCUAUUGUUUAGGCUGCUCAACACGCUUUUAUUUGGGGGGGAAAUAUACUGAGGUUUAUUCCAGGUACCAUGGUAUUUUCAAGCUAAAUUAAUGCAAUCUCAAUCCAAUGGUGGUGAGACAGUGUGAAAGAAGCUAAACGACAGAAGAAUAUGGGCAGCUCAGGUGGGUUUCACACCUGGGCAGUGAUGUUACCAGGUGCUGUUGCUUUUCUUAUCUGGCUAUCAGUCUUUGUACCUCCGACCAGUGGGCAGAUUACACCACCUCCAAACAUUAACAAUCGCCCAACAAUAGCCAAUGACCGUAUCUACUUCCUGGAACAUAUCCCAAAGAAAUGUCAACCCCCUCUGAUCACCACAUUUCCUGGAGGUGGCAUCAUAAAGGAUGGAAGCCGAGCCCUGCUCAAGAGUGCUAGUCCCCACAUCAUCAAGGGCAAUAUUGAAAUUGCUCCAUCAGGAUGUCUUUAUAUUGAGCCUGGAUCUGUUUUAAAGUUUGCACCUGGAGUAGGCAUGAUCAUCAAUGGCACUCUGAUUGCUCGGGGGAGUGAGGAGGAAGGGGGCCGUAUUGUCAUGACCAAAAUGGAUGGACCUUAUAAUGGCCGCCCCAGUGGAGACUGGCAGGAUGAUGCUCGGCUAUCUAUGGGAAACACCACGAGAGAUGGUCGGCUGGACUUGAAAUACAAAAACAGAUGGAGAGCGAUCUGUACCAACUAUAAUAACUUCACGGAGAUUGAUGCUAACGUAACGUGUAGACAUCUAGGCUUCCUGAAAGGCAAUUUCACAUACCAUUCGUUCUCUCGUAACCUGACGGAGUACAUUCUAUGGGAGAAGCCAGAUUGCAAAGGCGGUGAGAACUCCCUGUUUGACUGCCCUGGAGUGCAAAACAUCAAGACUGGUCAUCAUAUUUGUGAUGGUCAAGAGGUUGUGGGCUUUGAAUGUGAAGGUCUCCGUCCUGGGCUAGCUUUAGACCACUGGCGAGGCUUAGACUUCUAUAACUCCACUACAGAAACCAGAAUACAGCCUAAUACGUACAACAAUGUACACAUGAAGGAGUCCCUGUCGUUCUUGGAGUACUUGGACAUAUCCUACACGGGACUGGACUUCUAUCAUGGACGCUCCGCAGAACCUGGCAUCUACUACCAGAAAGCAGCUAUCUCUGCCAGUCCACACAUUCCGAUGAUGAACAAUGUCACCAUUAGAUAUGGUGCUUAUGAUGCUUUGAAUUUCACCGAAAUUGUGGGACCUAUUCUUGUGACAAACUGUUCCAUAUCUCAAAACAGAGGUUAUGGCAUGUUUAUCCAGUCCUCCAUUGGUCACACCCUCAUCAACAUGACGGAAGUCAAUAACAAUUGGGGGGAUGGCAUCAAAUUCUACAUCAGCAACCUCACCAUAUUUGACUUCAGGCGCAAAUUCCCACCACAUUUGUCUUUCUGUGCAUCCAGCAAUUUUGAAGGACGAACCUUUCCUUACUACGAGCACAUGGAUUUGAUACAAGUCAAUGGGGACAAGUUAACCUCUGAGGCAGUGGGCGGAUAUUGUUCGAGGACCUUCAAAACAAAAAAAGAGAUGAAAAUAUCAGUCCACUUCCUCAUCAUUGAGCGGGAUCCAGAUGCCUCUGGCUUUUUUGAGUUCUCUGACGGCGGGGCCUUUGGGAAAAUGACCCGGAUGGACAUUAACAACGGGACGUUCCCACAGUCUAUGACCACUGAAACCAGUAUUCUCAAUGUCAAGUUUAAGUACAACCGUCCCAGAGACAUGGUGUGCAAGACGUUUCCUCCGUGUAUUCGAUUUCUGCUGGAGUUUACCAGUGAUACAGGACCUGCUCAGGACUUUCGCUUGAUAAUGUCAAGUGUUCACAACAAUACAGGUUAUGGGGUCAAUGUGCAGGACAUGCGCAGCAAGAUGGUCAUCUCCAAUGAAACGAUCAUCGCAGACAAUCAGUUUGGAGCCGGUGUGCGUGUAUACAGAGGAGCGGGAGAGAUUGUCAUCAAUGGCACCCGUGUUUUUCGCAACGCUGAUGCUGGCGUGAACAUCACCUACUCGGGGGGAUACCAGCUGUUUAAUAAUUCGGCCUUCGAAGAAAAUUUUGGAUAUGGAAUAAUCACAGAGUAUCUUAAACUAAAUCACACCAGAAUUGAAAAAGAAAAUAAAAUUGAAGUGGUCAAAGCCAACUUCACGUGGAAUGAACUGAUAGGGUUGAGAAUGGGCAACUACUGUUCAGGCGCAGACAUUAAAGUGAAUGAAAGUUACUUUGCUUAUAACUGGGAUGAGGCUUUUGAAUACUUAUCUUGUAAUAUCACCACCAUGCUCAGUAAUAAUCUCCGAAUUGAAUUCAAUUCCUUUGAAAGCAACUUUCGGCAUGCAAUUGUCAUGCGCCCUUUGCUAAAUACGAAGGGUAUUAUAACAAAUUGUACUUUUGAAAAUCAUUCUCUUGGGGUGAUAAGAGUAGACAAUGGCUAUGACCUGUUGAUAAGCAGAUGGUAUCGAGACUUUCCUGUUGAUUUCAACCUAUUUGAGAACACUUUCACCGGCAACACAGGGAGGUAUGUUGUGAACUUUCGCCUCACACAAUACAGUGCAGUGCAAAAGCUGUUUUGUAAGUUCAAUUUCUUCCAGGGGAAUACUUUCAACAAUUCAUUUGACUACCUGAACCCGCGGAGCAGAGCAAAUGCGGUGGCUGUGCUGUCUUCUGGUAACGUCCAAUUCCGUAGAAACUACAUGGACAAUUCUGACUCACUGAGAGAAAUUGCUACUCACUCUGUGGACCCAUCUGUCAAUAUUGACGCCAAAGAGAACUACUGGGCUCAAGAGAUCAACAGACAGUCAGACUAUGCCAGGAUCUACGCAGCUAUUUUUGACCAGACACUGGUUGUAGAGCCUGACUGUACUUUGAAGUUUGCCCCUUCUGUUGGGAUGGUCGUCCACGGUAUUUUGAUCGCAGAUGGAGGCAAAACCACCACACCCGUGAAUUUUGAUCUGGAUGAUUCUGAGGAGUUUGUCCCCAUGGAGAAUCGUACGGCCAGUGUGAGGCUAGUGGAUGGCCGUGAUGAGUUUGAGGGUCGUCUGGAAGUGGAGAUUGAUGGGGAGUGGGGAACAGUCUGCAAUCAUGGUUGGAUAGAGGAAGAUUCCCUGUUAGCUUGUCAACAGCUGGGCCUGAGCUUUGACCGGGAUCACCCAGAGGCUCGCAGCAAAGUUCCUGCACCAGUAAAUUAUCGAAUCCUGAUGAGCUGGGUUUCCUGUGAUGAUGUGGACACGGACCUGACCAAAUGCCGAGCAGUCAACCAGGAUGCACAUUCUUGUACACAUGAUGAUGAUGUCUACCUCAGAUGUCAGCCCCCUACAUGGGCAGGAAUCACACUGGCUGCAGCAAUGAGCACAGAUCAAGAACAACCUCGUAUUUCCCAGACGGUGAUUCGCUUCGCUACUAUAAAGAAGGCAGGCCUUCUGGACCCAGACACUGCCACGUUGACCCCUGCUCUUCGUAUUGACUACAACUUCUACAAGAUUUCCUGGCUCACUGUGGAAAAUUCCAUAUCAGAUGGGAUAUCUAUUGCAUACAGUCAUCCAUAUUCCGAGAACGUAAUGGAGUAUUUGAAAGUGCUGGGUAGUGCAGGCAAUGGGAUUGUCACCAAAUCACCAAGGCUUGAGUUAUGGCAUUCCAAAAUUGACCACAGUGGAAAAGCCGGCUUCCUGUAUGACCCAUUCUUUACAGAGUAUGAUGCUUUGCUGAUCCGGAAUAUGAUCUAUCCUGAUCGGCGUGUCUUCAUGCUGGAUGGAAAAUACCAUGUGUCUGGGCAGUUGUAUAGGGUUCGGCUGCCAGCAAUAGAUGACCAUAUCUUUCUGCUAUGCCCUGCUGGCCAAGCCAAUGUAACUAGAGACUACUUUGUGGAGGUUCAGGCAUAUCGCUCAGGCUAUAGAAUGGUCCUACAGAUCAUGGAUUACCUACCGGUGGAGAGUGUUGAGAAAGUAACUGUUUACGACACAGUAUAUCAGAAUAUUCUCGGACAAGGCGUAAAGAAAUGGGAAAUUGAGAAAGACCUUGUUGACUUUCCUGUUGUGUCUGGUGGUGAUACGGUCACCAUAAAGCUCUCAGUCAAUGGUCAGCUGUCUGGAAGACUGGCUUUUGUGAUAGUUGCAACUGAUGCUACUCCAAAGCCUGUGACACUCAAGACUCGUGUCUUCAACACAACAUUUGAUUUCAAUGAUCAAGGGAUUGUUACAAAACACUACAACAAUCCGUCGAACCUUCGACUAGAACUGUUCCAUCGACACAAAGAAGAGGAAAUUUCUUUAGAGGAUGUGCUAGUGAGGCAGAGUCUUAGCCAUGCGGUACAUAUGCCAAGUGUCACAAAGUUCCAUGAAGAUUACAUUCCUACGUACGAAGAUAUGACCAGACCAGAGAGGGUGGCUAAGGUCAAUUACACUAUCUUCCGAUCAAGUUUCAUUGGCAAUGUAAAGUGUAUCCUGGCUGAGCACAACCAUGUGGAUUUUGCCAACAAUGUGUGGCAUUGGAAUCUUCGCGAAGUCCUUGUGGAGGAGUGUUCAGAGGGUGGUCUGGAAAUUGAAGUGCCGAGGGUAAAUGAUGAGUCGGAGCGAGAAACUCAUGCAGUGCUAGUUGAGGACUCUAAGUUUUGGAAAAAUGGAGACUUCCGUUUUACAAUUGCGGGCUAUUAUGCUGUUGUUGGUAUCAACAGAAAUACAUUCACCAAAAACUUGUGUUCUCUGGGUCUCAUAUCUAUCACUGGCAUGGAGAAAGACUUUACAAUGAUGAGUAACGCAAUUACCAACAAUGCUGGACGCUUCAUGAUGAAUAUGAACAUUCUCGGCCAUUCAGAGUACUCACCACAGGUCACAGGUGAUAUGGCCCUAAAUAAGAUCGUGGACAAUAGCCCCAAUGUGCUGAGUGAAUUAAGCCACCAUACUCCUAGCACAUAUGCAGUAGCAGUACGAGGUCUUCAGAAAAUUGGGGGCUAUCGCAAUUUGUUUGACAACAAAGAUCUUGAGUAUGAGCUUGUAGCUGGUAUUGAGACUCUGUAUCUUGAUACACAUGUCAAUUUCACAUACAACUACUGGGGCUAUAGCGAUGAGACCACCAUUCGAAAACGCAUUUUUGACUUUGAUGACUGGAACAACUAUGUGAUUGCUGAUUAUUUCCCGUACCUGACGCUCAAAGACGUCACCUCCGCCGCUGCUGUAGGUUCACCUGCUGAGAUUAUACUGGACCCAAGUAGUCUUGGAGGGCGGGUAGAAAAGUCUGUGACACUAAUUGAUAUAGGCAAACCGUACAUUGUUGAGUCAGAUCUAACGGUUAUGCCUGGCUACACCCUGACAAUUCCCCCAGGUACGGAGCUUCAGUUUAGGCCUAAUGUUGGCAUCCUUGUAUUGGGGCGUCUUGUUGCUAAUGGACUUCCCUUUGGACGAAUCAAGAUGAGACCUUUUGAUACAACCCUUGUUGAUCCUUUUGCCUCACAUCGGAUAACUAGGCAUGCUGGGGGUGGUGGGAGAACGUCAGAAAUUGCCAAUGUAAGGCUUCGAGGGGACGGCACCCUCUUCCACAAUGCCGGCUUUUUGGAGCUCUACAACGCCUCCAGUCAUAGCUGGAACAUGAUGUGUGACAGUCAGUUCAACGAGAAGACGGCAGAAGUUGUUUGUCGUGAGCUAGGGAAAGAGACUGUUAAUGUGAAGGUCCGGUUUACUCAUUUGUACGAUUAUUACAUCUUUGGGAAGCCCAUGUAUUUCCGCAAAGAGUUCUGGUUCAAUAAGUACCACUGUCGGGGAGAUGAGACCUCUCUGAAUCAGUGUACGACCAGAUACAAUUACAAUUUGCUGCCAUGCAUUUUUGCUGCCAACUACACCUUUAUCACUUGUGGGGACCGGAAUUUGGAGCCUGAACUACAGUACUGGGGGAAUAUUCGCUUUGCCAAGAAAUCAUUUGAGGAACAGCCGUUAGAGGCAGACAUAGGCAAAGAUCAAUCCAUAAUGAGCUAUGUGGACAUUGAAGGAGCAGGGAUGCUCCAUGGAGAGAAGGUUGGUGCCAUUCAAACGACAUACGUCACGCCUGAAUUUAAAUAUAUCAACAUCACAAAAUGUGCAGAGAAUGGCUUCGACAUAGUAGCCCCAAGGCAACCUCUAGUUCUGGAGCACCAAAAUGUUACAGGAAACUUGGGUUAUGGCAUCAACGUGCUAGUUUUGAACGGCGAGUCUAGUAUACGUCGAUCCUCCUUCCUACCGAAUGGCCCCAGCACCAUCCCGUACAACGUCUAUGGCCUUGUCGAUAUCUGUCGCAUGGAGAAGGAGAUCCAGCUAGAGACUCGCCUCAUCCUUUUCUACAAGUAUGGACCUAACAACAGAGACUGUGUUAAGAUCAUCAGCUCUCGCAAGACUAUUGGUCUCCGUUUCCUUCAGCUCAACUUGUUCCAGGAGGACUUCUCAAGAAAUGUCAUUCAAAUUUUUGAUGGAAUGGAUAUACGGUUGGAGAAUCGUCUCGGCAACAUCAUGGCCAACAGUAGCCAAGAUGAGAUCCAGCAGAUUUACCAGAGCACGGGCUCCACCAUGUCUGUUCACGUCCAUGCCUCUGUCAGUCACGGAUCCUAUGGCUUCAUUGCUGAGGUGGUCAGGCUGCCCCCAACUGGGCUCACAUACCCCAACAGCGAGGUGACUCACCUAGUGGAGCAGUCAGAGAUCAGAGGCAAUGAAGACGGAGCAAUCCAGUACAAGAGCGUGGGGGAGACCAACCCGUCUCUGUACAUUCAGCAUUGUUGGAUCUCUGCAAAUGGCUACCCUGUCCUCAACCUGACCUCCCCUCCGUCCAUUGACUUGUCCCUGCAGAGUGUCAUCAGCUUUAGAUUCUCACACAACCAGGUGACCCACAACAAGGGAGGUAUGUAUUUGUUUGCCCACACAUCGGCCAUCAACUCUGCUUUGAGGGGCAACAUGACUAACAAUGUAUUUGCUUUUGGGUCUCAUGGAGAAGCGCUGAAUGUGUCCGGCCACUACUUUGAGCGACUCAUGCUCCAUCAAAACUACUUCUAUAACUACACUGCAGGGGAUUACAGGGAUAUCAUCCAUGUGAAAGAUGUUGUGGUCAACUUCACUCAUUGCUAUAUGCUGCGCAAUCUGGGGCAUUAUAUUGUUCACACUUAUGACAGUGAUGACAGUACACAGUCCCAGCUUUUUGCCCGCAAUGGUAUCUACGACAACAAUGCUACUGCCUUGAGGGAAAGCACCAUUAAAGUCGGCUCUGGACGCCCCAAGUUUGAGAACAACUUUUUGGUUAACAAUCUGAAUGACUUUGAAAUGGAGAGCUACCCUAAGGAGUUGUCCCUUGGCCAAGAUAUCUCAGCAAAGAAUAACUGGUGGGGUUCUGAGCGUCGCGCCUUUAUCAGUGGUAAAACAUAUGACAACUUUGACAAUAAAGAUUUGGUGGAGAUUGACUACUGGCCUCCAAUUAUUGACAGCAGGUCCAUUAUUGAAGGUGACUGUCUGCCUGGCUGGGUGUUGGACAAGAACAGAUGCUUCCGCUACAUGGGGGGAGCUCUGCCGUUUGAAGAAGCCAAGUUGUUUUGCCAGUCUCAUGGAGCUUUCCUCGCUGAGGCCAGAGACCGCGAAGGCUUCUUUAACUACCUUAUCCGCCUCAUGGUGAGCGACAUGGACUGGUCCACCCGCGUGUGGGUUAUGUCGGGCGCUGGGUCAGACCGAUGCAGCGCUCUCGAAGUGCAGAACAUUGUAUAUGAGCAGGACUGUGCCAGACGCUACUACCCAUUUAUCUGUGAAACAGACCCAUACGUGGAAAUACCGGAAGAACUUGCAUCGUCAAUCCAAGCCAUGAUUAUUGGUAUCUGUGCUGGUGUUGGAGGCGUCAUCAUCAUCAUUAUUGUUGUCAUCGCCAUUCUGUGGUCCAUGAAGUCUAAGCGACGUGAGAAAGAGCGCUUUGAACGGACUGCCUCGAUCCGGUCAUCCCUGAACAACUUGACCAAGAUCAACGGUUCCCUGCGAGGUACAAAGUCGUCCCUUAUAAUGUUGUCCGAGGGUCACUCCAGGCGGAGACUGAACGAGCUGGAUGCAAGGUCAUUAGAUUCCUCUCUGACCAAGAACUCGAGUUCGGCCGUCAGUAACGGUAUUAGUGGGAGUGUUCACAGUCUCCGAUCCGACUCAGAAGUGGAUGGAGAGCCAGAGCCUGCCCCUGCCAGACCCGAUUAUAGCAGGCAGGUACACAGCCUCAGGCCCGACAGGUCGGGUGGUCGUAACAGACCGGUAGCCAGGGUGGAGGAUAGAGAGAGGGAGACGAACAGGGAGAGAGAAAGACAGGAUCGGGAAAGAGAGAGGAUGGAAAGAGAGAGAAGAUUGAGAGAUGCUGGAAGACGACCGUAUAAUUACAGUCAGAGGGAUGAGGAUGAUGAUGAAAAGAGAGGAGAGUACAAAGAAAAUUCUGAUGAUGACUCUAUUAGAAAAGAGAGCGAUGAUGAGUACUAUGAUGACAUUAGCUUUGAUGAUGAUGAGGAGGAGGGGGAGCAGGAUGUCAAAGGCGAAAACCGUGGACAGGAUGCAGAUGAGGUUGAUGCCAAAUAUUUGCACUAUCGGGUCAACAGGUCGCAGGAGCAUUUGUCGGAGAGGCCACCUUUGGGAGCAGCUGCUGCACACCCUGGCUUUGGUGCUAGGGGCAAGUCUCGGUCCCGGGACAACUUGUCUGGCAGUGAGGCUAAGGCAGGCCCACUUCCCCACAAAAGCAAGUCUCUGUCCAGUUUUGCUCAGCCAGAUGAUUCCAUGAAUAAUCCAGUCAAACCGAACUUUCCACCACCUCGAUCCUCCUCCAGGGAUAAUCUUCCCACCCCUCCUCCCGAUCCACACUUUGUAGGCCCUUCCUCAGACCAAAACAGAAGGUACCAGCCAAGACCUGCCCCGCGACCCAAACAUAUACGGCCACAUGAUGGUGCCCUGAGGGAUGAUGUCUCUGGUGUGUCAUCGGUGACUAGCGGUAGAGAUGGCUACGCUCCAGGACACAGCCCUGCCCCUGCUCCAAGACAGAGGAGUUUAGGAAGCCAGGAAAUCUUGUACAACAAUGAACCUGGCCCGCGACAACCAGCGUAUGACCCCAGCGAUCGAGCCUCAGAGAGGUCAGGUCCUCUCUACUACAACAUGCAAGGACCCACUGGAGAUUCAAGGAAGGGUCCAUUAUACGACCCAGUCUAUGGUGGCUCAGGGUCUCUGAGGAGCAGCCAAGGAUUGCUAUACGACCCAGUGUAUGAGGGUUCUGAUCGAAGCCGGUCCACCAACAGGUACGAGCCUGUUGACUACAGCCCUACAGACCCGAAUCCGUAUGGGAAAGAUCAGAUUCCGGAUUCUGACUAUAUGCCACGGCCCUUAAGUAAUCCAACGAUAGGUCGCAGCAGAGAACGACUUGGCCCACCAACCCCAGCACCUCUGCCAAAACCUUCCCAUUUUCGGCAGCCACUUGAGUCAGAUCUUGACAGCUAUGCACCCUCCAUCCAGUCAGAUGUGGAUUACAUGCCAAGAAAGUACCAGCCAUCAGUAAAUGACAGAUUCAACGACCCACUACCCCCUAAGCCAGGAGCUUCAUACACUCCAGAAACGUCCACUUUCUCAAACCGGCCACGAACCAGGGGCAGCCGUGAAGACCUCGUCUCUUUACCCCAGCCCCCUCCGUACAGCCAAGACAUAGGCCGGCCCGUGCGGCCGUCUGCCAGUAGAGACAGGCUGGACUUGGGACCCCCCAGUUUCCACAGUAGUAGCGUGAGUGAAGAGCCCCCACCCUACUCCCCAGGGGAGGAACUUAUGCCCAGUAGACACCGGGGGUCAACGGACAUGCUGUAUCUGGGUGGUAGAGGUGCCAGACCCAAGCACUCAGAGCCAGUAGAGACUGAAAUUUGAAAUGAAUGAUAACAGAGUGUUUUCCUAUUAUGACUGAAACGUGAAAGGGAUGAAUUUAUUUCGGAACCUGAAAUCUGAAGUGAGUGAAAAUACUGACCAUUUCUGUACAGAGACUGAAAUGUGGAGAGGGCCCCUAGCAUGGGUGCUACUCAUCACAUGAAGACACUGUGCAACUGUUCUUCAAUGUUUGGAGGAUUUUACUGACUGGAUGGUUUAAAAAGUACCGUUUUUUAAAAGUCCUUUGUGUUUAUACGCUGGUCUCUUGUUAGACAUGUACAACUGCUUGAAGAGGCCAUAUGUGAGGCAUCGUUGUGAAAUCAGGCACUCAUCAAAAUAAUGAUAUCGAAGAAAAUGGCAUUUCUCUUCCA